UGUGACUUUGAACCUAUAGUUACAAUCCAGAGAACUGGGAGUGACAUUAUCUGUGACAAUAAAAAAGCUUCUCUUGUGAAGAUGCUGUCUGCAAAAGACAUGGUUAAAGUAAUGAUUGUCAUGUUUGCAAUUUGUUUUCUUGCAAAAUCAGAUGGGAAACCUGUUAAGAAGAGAUCUGUGAGUGAGAUACAGUUUAUGCAUAAUCUGGGCAAACACCUGAGCUCCAUGGAGAGGGUGGAAUGGCUUCGGAAGAAGCUGCAGGAUGUGCACAACUUUGUUGCCCUUGGAGCUCCGAUAGUGCACAGAGAUGGUGGGUCCCAGAGGCCCCGGAAGAAGGAAGACAAUGUCCUGGUUGAGAACCAUCAGAAAAGUCUCGGAGAAGCUGACAAAGCUGAUGUGGAUGUAUUAACUAAAGCUAAAUCCCAGUGAUGACAGAUAUAUCAGAGCACUGCUAUAAACAGCACUGGGCAACAAUAUUACAUGCUGCUAACAUUUUCAAGCUCUUAAGAUUAAUAAACACCAAAAUUUACAUCUAAUCCAUUGCUAGCCCUGAUAGCUGACAUUUUAAUUAAUUAUUUUGAUUCUACUUUAAUUCAUUUAAGAGCUCUUUUAAGUAUUCUAUUUCUAUUGUUUAUUCUUUUUAAACUAUGUUUUUGCAUAAUUUAUAAAAGAAUAAAAUUGCCCUUUUAACCUCUCUCCCAUCUUAUGAUGCAAAAUAAAAAAUUUAAUGAUCAUGAUUUUAAAUAAAUGAAGUUGAGUAUUUCUCA